GACACACACGUAAAGGAAAUUUCUCUUUUCGUCUCUUCCCAAAACCCAUUUCCUCGAAAACCACACAUGAAAAGAAGAACUUCACUUGCUGCUCUCUCAAUGGUAACACUCCCUUACAUCAUGAACAAAAAUCUCGAGGAACAAAUAUACAUCACACUCGAUACCAUUCUUCGUCGCCAAGCAAGCCGCAUGCAUCAUAAAAAAGACAUCUCACCUCACCUCACCUCUCCUCUCGUUUUCGCGUACAGGAUCUCAUGCGCAUGCAACUCUCCCAGCCCUUGCAAAAAUUAGUAAACCAAUUUGAGAACAAUACCAAGCAAGCAAGCAAAUCUCCACACUGCAAACAAAACAUUCCUCUCCCAAUCUCCACAUCACCUGUCCCCGUGGCAAGGAAAUUACAUCUCUCAUUCCUCCCCUCCCCCCUCGUCGCUUGGCUGGGCAAACUUCCGCAACCACCCAGCCAAGCAACCAAGCAGACAAGCGACGAUCUUUCCCCCUCCCAUCUAUCUUUCCCUCGCCAUCUGUGUUACCGUACUACUCUCUCGCUUGAGAUGGACGGAUGGGACGAGAAAGGGUCUGGUUGGGGGAGGUCUAGAUCUUUUGAUGUUACAGUGCACACUGCGGGUGUUUGCGGGGUACAGAGAGAACGGAAGAGUAUAGCACAGGACGAGGGCAGGAAGAGGGAAGGUCGUUACGGGGUUGUGGUGCACGGAUUUAGGUGAAUGGCACGUGUGAGAUGGAGAAGAAGGAUCGGUUGAGCGAGAUGUAGAAAAAGGCUCCACUGGGAGGUCAUUG